AUGAAGAUGAUGGCGCUACCAUGCCCUGCUGCUCUUCUCUUGCUAAUGGCUGCAUUCACUCUGGAGCCGUCUCACUGUGCCAAGGUGCUGAUCAUGCCCACCAUAGUCUUUGACAGCCACUUGCGAGUCUUCAUACGAGUGGCAGAGGCACUGACUGACCGGGGCCAUGACCCUGUGCUACUUCUUCAUGAGGGCCGGGAUGUGGAAGCCUACCUGCCUGGCUUCCGUGUGCAGAGGUACUGGGGUAUCUUCAGCACCGAGAGCGCAGAUGCCUGGGUGCAGGAGAAGAUAAAGCGGGUCUUCCAAGGGAAGAUGACCUCUCUGGAGGUGUUUUCCUUUCUGGAGAAGUACCUGGAAAACUGUGACCUGGUGCUGGGAAACUCUACCCUUCUGCAGAAACUUCAGCACGAGCAAUUUGACCUGCUGUUGGUGGACCCCAAUGAGAUGUGUGGCUUUAUCCUGGCCCACAUCCUCCAUGUCAAAUAUGCUGUGAUCUCCACUGGUUUCUGGUUCCCAGCAGAGAUUGGUGCCACUUCCCCCAUUGCCUAUGUCCCCGAGUUCAACUCCCUGAUGACAGACAGGAUGGGCUUCUUUGGUAGGACUUGGAAUCUCCUAGUCUACAUGAUCACUCGCGUGGCUACAAAGCUGGUCAUCCUGCCCAAGUUUGAACGUCUCAUGGAGAAGCAUAAGGUGGAGCCCAAGACAUCCAUGUUGGCCCUUGUCCAUGGAGCUAGUCUCUUCUUCCUCUGUAACGAUGUGGUUUUGGACUUUCCCCGUCCGACGCUCCCUCAUGUCAUUUUCACAGGGGGGAUCCUUGCUGAGCCUGCAAAACCCCUUCCAGUGGGUCUGCGCCUCUGGGUGGAAGCAGCAGAUGCGGGUGUUGUUGUUGUCUCCUUUGGCAUCGGGAUCCGAGCUCUUCCAAGUGAUUUGGUGGAGAAGAUGGCUGGCGCAUUCGCUCGCCUCCCACAGAGGGUGGUGUGGAGAUACUUUGGGCAGAAGCCAAGAAACCUGGGUGAGAAUACCCUGAUGAUGGGGUGGCUGCCCCAGAACGACCUGCUAGGCCAUCCCAACGUGAAAGCCUUCGUCAGCCACUGCGGGAUGAAUGGCGUAUUUGAGGCAAUCUAUCACGGUGUGCCAGUGGUGGGACUCCCUUUCUAUGGGGAUCAAUUUGACAUCAUGACCAGGGUGCAGGCGAAGGGCAUGGGUAUCCUCAUGGACUGGAGCAGUGUAAAAGAAGAGGAUCUUUACCAGGCGGUUGCCACAGUUAUCUCUGACCCCAGCUACAGAAAAGCAGCCAAGCUCAUCUCGGCUCUGCACCUGGACAGGCCGAUGCACGCUCUCAAUAGGACAGUGUAUUGGCUGGAGUACAUCCUUCGUCACGACGGGGCACCGUAUCUUCGCCCUGCUGUCUACGACCUCUCCUUAUACGAGUACUUCUGCCUGGACAUCUUGGCUCUUCUCCUGCUGUGCCUGGCUGGUAUUGGAUUCCUUCUCUACAAAUCUGUGGUGUGGUGCAGAAGGAAGGGGGCCAUCCCCGUGUAUCAGAACGGCAAUUGCAUGAAAGGCCACUUCACAGAAGAGAAGAAAUUGCAGUAGUGGCUCAGCAUGUUGCAGGGCACAUCCCGUCACUGUGAAACGAACUGCUGCUGUGCCAAGAAAUGUACGGCACACAGGCACGGAGAGAGGUGAAAGAUCAGCAGGUCUGGGUGAGAAGAGAAUGGGGAGGGAGGAGUGUUGCAAAGUCCUGCAUGCACACCUCUGUGUACAGCACCUGUGGGCGGGGACGCGAAUUUGGGCAUGGGUGGAAGCACUUGGCGAGGACGCUGGGAAUGGGGCAUGGGUAGGCAGACUUCCAGGGAGGAGUGCAAGUUGUUCCCUUUUUAUUGCACGUUGGUUUAG